ACGCCGCAUGCUUCUGCAAAUGCCGAUAAGUUUUGCUUCUAAAAUUCCGACUAAAAUAUGUCAAACUUUUUCGGUUUUGUCAUUUUAAUUUGUUUUGAAUCAUUUCAAGGGUACUUUUGCUCGUACAUAGUUUCAGGAUUCAAUUAGUCAUGAUUAGAUUAAUCUAUUUUGGGUUUAGGAGUAUGACCUUGGAACUUCUUAUCGUGUGGCAUUUGUCAACAAUCAUGUCUGCUCUGUCUGUCAGCUGCGCUGGUAUUGCCUCGUUUGAAAUGAUGAAUGGUUGACAAAUUUUUGGCGUUUCAUUGGGUUUCUAAAUCAUUUCAGCCAUAUAAAGGUGGCCGGCCAUGAGUCGGUCGGAGGGCCUGGUGCAGCGGCGGCACGCCGUGCGUGACAAGCCGGCCGAGGAGCUGACGGGCAGCGAGGAGGAGGCCGCCGAGUUCAACGACAGAGAGUACGACGGCGACAGCAAGGAGACACGGCUCACACUCAUGGAGGAGGUGCUCAUGCUCGGCAUCAAAGAUAAAGAGGGCUACACGUCGUUUUGGAACGACUGCAUAUCGAGUGGCCUGCGCGGCUGUGUACUCAUUGAGCUGUCGUUGCGCGGCCGCAUAGAGCUGGACAAGUCGGGCAUGCGGCGCCGCAGCCUUCUCGCCCGGCAUGUGGUGCUGAAGAACGACCAGCCGACCGGGGACGUCCUGCUGGACGAGGCGCUGCGGCACAUCAAAGAGACCCAGCCCACCGAGUCGGUGCAGAGCUGGAUCGAGUUCCUCAGCGGUGAGACCUGGAACCCGCUGAAGCUGCGCUACCAGCUGCGGAACGUGAGAGAGCGGCUGGCCAAGAACCUGGUGGAGAAGGGCGUGCUCACCACGGAGAAGCAGAACUUCCUGCUGUUCGACAUGACUACCCACCCGGUCACCGACAACCAGGCCAAACUGCGACUGGUCAAGAAGGUCCAGGACGCUGUGCUGAGUAAGUGGGUCAACGACCCGCACCGCAUGGACAAGCGGAUGCUUUCGCUCAUCUACCUGGCGCACGCCUCGGAUGUGCUGGAGAACGCCUUCGCGCCCCUCUCCGACGAUGACUACGAGGUGGCCAUGAAGCGGGUGCGUGAGCUGACCGACCUGGAUCUAGACGCCGAGGCCAGCAAGCCCAACACCAACGGCGUAAUGUGGGCCGUGUUCGCCGCCUUCCUCAAGUGACCGGUCGGCGGACGGCGGCUAAUAUAGAGCGAGCGGUACCGUCUGCCCUGCCCACGGGCCGGCGGCCGCGCUGACGGUGUGAGGAGGGAGAGCGGAGCGGGUCGGCGCCUGCAGCGUCCGACCCGGAGUCUGACCGGACGGAGACGGGGGAUCGAGAGGCUGUCUUUUACCACACGUCCGUCUCGGGCAGCUGGCCGCCGCGCCGGCUGUCCGUGGCGGCCGCCGCGGUGCACGGUGCUGACGACGCAGGCCCGACCGCCGCGAUGCACGGUGCUGACGACACAGGUGUUUAUUGUUACUGAGUUUUCAGCACCAGAGAGAUGCAACCGGCUGAGGCUGACGGGAGUGUGCGCCGGCGGAUUUGUUACUUUUUCUGGGGUGUGUUUGAAGUGUGCUCGUGUGUAUACUGUAUAAGGAUGUAUAUUAUGACGUGCGUGUCACUGGCACGCUGUCGGGGCUGCGUGCUCCCCUUCUCCGGUUAGCAGUGCGCCGGCUCUGUGCCUUGUCGCGCUCGCCCCGACCCCGCCGCACCGACCAUGCAUUCCCGAUUAGACGGUCGGCGGCGGGAGUGAGAGUGUGGACUAGUGUCGCGUGAUGAUAUCUGGGGCACAAACUGGCGCCGCGGUGGGGGUCUCUGAGGCGGCCGGGCGGCCCGCUUCUGUCUGUCUCACUCUCUCGGUCAGUGCUAUUUAUUUGUUUAUUAGCGAGGGAGUGAGUGAUCGUCCCGGCUAGCGCCCACCACCGUGUGUCAAUGCACUGCCGCGAAUACAGCCGGACGUAUCUCA